AUGGUCAAUCCAAAAGAGCAAGUUCAAGCUAUUACAACUAGAAGUGGGUUGCAACUUCCAGAGAUUCAUGUGAAGAGACCAGACAGAAAAGACAAAGAGGUAAUGGGUAAAAAGAUUGGGACAAAAGCAGAGUCUGAACAACCAACUAACGAGGAGGAUAAAAUGAAAGAAACACCCACAGUGAGAGCACCCAACCCUGUGAAAGAUUAUGUGCCACCAAUUUCAUUUUCUCAAACAUUACAGAGAAAGAAAUUGGACAAGCAGUUUGCCAAGUUUGUGAAGAUUUUCAAGAAACUGCACAUCAAUAUUUCAUUUGCAGAUGAAAUAGCCCAAAUGCCCAGCUAUGCAAAAUUCUUGAAAGAGAUCCUAUCUAAUAAAAGAAAGAUGGAAGAACAUGAGACUGUCUGCCUGAACGAGAAGUGCAGUGCAAUUCUAUUGAAAAAGCUACCUCAUAAACUAAAAGACCCAGGGAGUUUCACGAUACCUUGCACAAUUGGGUCUAAUUAUUUUGAGCAUUCUUUAUGUGAUUUGGGUGCCAGUGUUAACCUUAUGCCUCUCUCUGUUUACAGGUCUCUUGGAUUAGGAAAAACAAAGCCUACAACCAUCUCUUUGCAACUGGCUGACAAAUCGAUCAAACGACCAAAGGAGAUUAUUGAAGAUGUGCUAGUCAAAGUUGACAAAUUUAUCUUUUCGACUGACUUCAUUAUUUUGGACAUGGGGAAAGACUUAAACAUUCUUCUGAUCUUAGGAAGACUCUUUUUGGCUACUGGAAGAGUACUGAUUGAUGUUUAUGAUGGAAAGAUGAUUUUUUGGAUGGACAAUGAGCAAGUUAUAUUUAACGUGUUCAAGGCAAUGAAACAUCCAUUGACUUCCGACACUUUUUGCCAAAUAGAUGUUUUUGAAAAACUUGUGGCAGAUGCAUUUGAGACAGAGCAUCACACAAAUCUUUGUGAGGUGGAACUUGUGCAAGGAAAAGCUGAAUAUGUUUUUGAAAAACUUGUGGCAGAUGCAUUUGAGACAGAGCAUCACACAAAUCUUUGUGAGGUGGAACUUGUGCAAGGAAAAGCUGAAUGUGUUGUUAACUUGGUCGACCAACCAAUAAGAAGAAGACAUUGGCAGUAUGAAUCUCUUGGCGACAACCUUUCACCCUCAGUACCUUCAGUAGAAAAGACACCCACUCCUGAACUAAAAUCCUUGCCUUCACAUCUUCAUUAUGCAUAUUUGGGAGACUCCACAACACUUCCAGUAAUCAUCGCGAAUGAUAUGACAAGGGAAGAGGAGAAUAAAUUGUUGGAGGUACUUAAGCAGCGCAAAACAACAAUUGGAUGGACAAUAGCUGACGUCAGAGAAAUCAGUCCAAUUCUUUGUAUGCACAAGAUUUUAAUGGAAGAUGGGUCAAAGCCAUCAGUCGAAGGACAAUGCAAAUUAAAUCCAACCUUGAAAGAAGCAAUGCGAAAAGAAGUGUUGAAAUUAUUGGAUGCAGGUAUUAUCUAUCACAUCUCUGAUAGUUCAUGGGUGAGUCCAGUGCAUGUUGUGCCUAAAAAUGGUGGAAUCACAGCGGAGAAGAAUGAGUUGAUACCAACACGGUUAGUGACAGGGUAG